ACUGUGAUAAUAGAAAUUUAUCCCCUUGAAAUUUCACGAUCUGUCAACGGAUACUAUGCGGUUUGAUUUUGAACGAAUAAAUACUAAAUUCUGUAUUCCAUUAGGUAUCUCAUGAGGUAUUUCUUAUCUAUUUUCCCAAUAGGAUAAUUUAUGACUUCAUACAUGUUGAUCUGUUGCUGCACUUGCUAGGAUGCUUGAAUACCUAGUGGUGACAAUUAUACGCUAGUUACCGAGAACACAUUUCUGAAGCUGUGACAUAAAUUCGUCAUAACACGAUCCGACCACCUUUACUUUGUACAUAUUACAUUUAAUUCCUCACAUUCUCUCACUUCUUUCAAUUCUUUCAAUUGAUUCGCCAUCAUGGGAUUCUACAAGUACUCUGCUCUUGCUAUUCUUGCUCUUCGUGCUGUCAGCGUUUUCGCUGCGCCAGAAAGUGUAAGUUUAAAAGUUUCUCAUAGUUGUUGACAGCUGUCAAAAGCUACAUAAGCUAUUCGGAGCUCAAGAGUACUAAUUUAAAUUCUUCAACAGACUGAAGAUCAUCGUCAAGAAGCUGCCGCAGAAGGUUUCGAAACUCCCCCGACCAAUCUUGCCGUCUCCGUUUCUGCUUCAUUCCCUCAAUCCGAAAUCUUCGGUGUUAAACUCGUCAAUGGCCAUGCUUCGCAAGCUAUAAUUUCCAUCAAGAACGAUGAACCUGAAUCUGUGCAACUAGCUGUUAUCGGAGGCGCGUUGUCUACUCUUCAAACACUACCAGAAGGAACUCAUCCAAGUGCUGCUAUUGUGCGCAACUUGACCUCGACAAGAUAUGAUGUUGAGGUUGAGGCAGGUGAACAGCAGAUUCUGCCUUAUGCAUUUACUACCGACUUGAACCCUCAGGAUUUGCGAUUGAACAUCAUUGCGGUUGUGGCUAGUAAAAAAGGAGGUGUAUACCAAAUUCAGGCUUUUAAUGAGACUGUUACUGUUGUUGAAGCUGCUACCAGCAUCUUUGAUCCUCAAAUGUAGGUGUUCAUUUCGCGACACCAUUUUUAAUAAUCCAUCUAAACUGACAUGUUUUAGCAUCUUCUUGUAUCUCGUCCUCCUCGCAGUGACUGCCGCUACCCUGUUUUUCGUCUACAAGACAUGGAUCGAAGCUCUAUUCCCACAAACUCGCAAAGGUGGUAAAGGUGGUGAACGUGCCAAGCGUUCAUCUGGAGGAAGCAAGAAGGCUGUCGAUGUUAAGGAUCAAGUUUCUGUUAUUGGUGCUGAUGGACCAGCUGUUACAACUCAAUCUUUGGCACAACAAGCUUACGAUGAGAGCUGGAUUCCUGACCACCACAUUAACCGGCCAUCCGCAAGACGUGUUAAGAGCGGCGGCUCUAAGAUCAAGACUAAGAUUGUAUCUGAAUAAAUCUUCAAGCGAUAUCAAUUGCACAUAUGAUUGAAUGAUGAAACGUAGGAAAGGAAUAAUAACUUAGGAUCUGGUUCUCUUCAAGCUCAAUUUGGAGGUUUGAUCGAUGUGUUUUUUUUAGCUUGAAUAGGGGGACAAAUGCAUUGUAUAAUAAAUACAACAAAAGUGGC